UCGGUGUUUCUGGUGUUUUAGCAAAAGGACAGAAAAUCUAAAAAGUCCACCUGGAAGUUCUGCCUCGAUUUGACCCACCCUGUGGAAGAUGGAAUCUUUGAUUCUGGGAACUUUGAACAGUUCCUAAAGGAGAAGGUUAAGGUCAAUGGGAAAACUGGAAACUUGGGCAACACUGUUCACAUUGAACGUCUGAAGAACAAGAUCACAGUGACAUCUGAGAAGCAGUUUUCUAAAAGGUACCUAAAAUACCUCACAAAGAAAUACCUCAAGAAGAACAACCUGCGCGACUGGCUCCGCGUCGUUGCCUCUGACAAGGAGACGUACGAGCUGCGCUACUUCCAGAUCAGCCAAGAUGAGGAAGGAUCCGAGUCUGAGGAGUAACUGAAGCUUUAGCUUUGUACUGAAGACAGCAUACAAAAGACUAGAACAUCUAUUUAUGAGAACACUUUUAACUUAUUGGUGAAUAAAGAUUUUGUACCCUGUUGGACAGAG